GUCACAUCUGCGUAGGAGAGCACUUGGCGCACUUCUUCCCCAAAGGACAGAGACAAAAUCUCCAUUCUUCUGUUUGGAUUUAAACCGGACGAUCGGCUGAAUGGGUGACCUCGCUAAAACACAGACUAUCACUAGCUUGCACCCACUAUAUGGAAACCUGUUUUCUCCAUUUACCUGGAGUUGUGAUGUCCAAAGCCUUCCUCACUGACUGACAAACGGCGUCGUACCAUUUUGGAAUCGAGUUGAAGGCUGUGAGGACGGGGGGAAGAUGAGACCUCCCAGCCCUCUGCUGAUCCUGCUGUACAUCACCCUGUCCAAGAGUGUAAAGGUGGUCUCUAAGAGAGGCUCAGUGGAUGGCUGUACAGACUGGUCAGUGGACUACCUGAAGUACCGUGUGCUUCAGGGUGAGCCGGUACGGCUGAAGUGUGCACUGUUCUAUGGUUACAUCCGGGCCAACUACAGCCAGGCACAGAGUGUAGGCCUCAGCCUCAUGUGGUACCGCAGCUCUGGCCUUGGCCACAGUGACUUUGAGGAGCCCAUCUCUUUCGAUGGUGUGCGCAUGAGCAAGGAGGAGGAUGCAAUCUGGUUCAGACCUGCUGACCUUCAAGACGUGGGCCUCUACUCCUGUGUCUUACGAAACUCUACAUACUGCAUGAAAGUUUCCAUGUCUCUGACUGUGGCGGAGAAUGACACAAACCUGUGCUACAACUCUAACAUGAGAAGAAUGGAGAAGGCUGAGCUCAGCAAGAGUAAAGACAUCCUCUGUCCUGACAUAGAUGACUACGUUGAACCUGGCAAAGAGCCAGACAUCACCUGGUACAAGGAGUGCCGUCCGAAGCAGUGGCGUGCCAGCAUCAUCCAGAAGAGAGACAUUUUGUCUAUCCAAGAGGUAACAGAAGAUGACAUUGGGAAUUACACCUGCGAAGUCCAGUUUGGGGGUUUUGUGGUUAGAAGGACGACUGAACUCACAGUAACUGCUGCAAGAAACUCUACAUACUGCAUGAAAGUUUCCAUGUCUCUGACUGUGGCGGAGAAUGACACAAACCUGUGCUACAACUCUAACAUGAGAAGAAUGGAGAAGGCUGAGCUCAGCAAGAGUAAAGACAUCCUCUGUCCUGACAUAGAUGACUACGUUGAACCUGGCAAAGAGCCAGACAUCACCUGGUACAAGGAGUGCCGUCCGAAGCAGUGGCGUGCCAGCAUCAUCCAGAAGAGAGACAUUUUGUCUAUCCAAGAGGUAACAGAAGAUGACAUUGGGAAUUACACCUGCGAAGUCCAGUUUGGGGGUUUUGUGGUUAGAAGGACGACUGAACUCACAGUAACUGCUCCUUUGACCGACAAGCCACCAAAGAUCCUCUUUCCCUCGGAAAACAAGAUUAGCAACAUGGAGCUUCAGCUAGGAAGUGCCCUGAACCUCACUUGCCGGGCAUUUUUUGGCUACAGCGGAGAUGUCAUCCCCAUCAUCUACUGGAUGAAGGGAGAGAAGUUCAUAGAGGACCUGGAUGAAGAGAGAAUCCAGGAGAGUGAAAUCAAGGUUGUCAAGGAGCAUCUUGGUGAACAGGAAGUUGCCAUUUCAUUAACUAUUGACUCUUUAGAGGAGGAUGACCUGGGAAAUUAUUCCUGUUAUGUGGAAAAUGGCAACGGCCGUCGCCAAGCUACCAUCCAGUUGUUCAGGCGGGCAGAGCUCAUGUACACCGUGGAGCUGGCAGGAGGGCUGGGAGCGAUCCUGCUGCUACUCAUCUUUCUCAUCGCCCUCUACAAAUGCUACAAGAUUGAGUUGAUGCUUUUCUACAGGAGGCACUUUGGCAGUGAAGAUGUAGAUGGAGAAAAUAAAGACUAUGAUGCGUAUUUGUCUUACACCAAAGUGGACCCUGACCAGUGGAGCCAGGAGACCAGGGAAGAGGAGCGCUUUGCCUUGGAGAUCCUCCCUGAUGUCCUGGAGAAACAUUAUGGCUACAAACUCUUCAUCCCAGAUCGAGACCUCAUUCCAACAGGAACCUACAUAGAGGAUGUGGCCCGCUGUGUAGACCAGAGCAAACGCCUCAUCAUAGUCAUGACACCCAACUACGUGGUGCGACGAGGCUGGAGCAUCUUUGAGCUGGAGACGCGACUGCGCAACAUGCUGGUGACGGGUGAGAUCAAAGUCAUCCUGAUUGAAUGUGCCGAGUUGCGUGGAAUCAUGAACUACCAGGAAGUGGAGGCACUUAAACACACCAUUAAAACCCUUACUGUCAUCAAAUGGCGUGGACCCAAGAGCAACAAGCUCAACUCCAAGUUCUGGAAGCAGCUGCAGUAUGAGAUGCCAUUCAGACGCACGGAGCCCAUGCUCACACAUGAGCCAGCACUAGACGUCAGCGAGCAGGGGCCAUUCGGAGAGCUGCAGACUGUUUCUGCCAUCUCCAUGGCGGCAGCCACUUCCACCGCCAUGGCCACCGCCCACCCAGAGCUGCGCUCCUCGUUCCACAACACCUACCACACCACCAUGAGGCAGAAACACUACUACCGCAGCUACGAGUACGACAUGCCCCCAGGAGGGACCCUGCCACCUCUCUCAUCUCUGGGAAACCAGCACACCUACUGCAACAUCCCACUAACACUGCUGAACGGACAGAGGCCUCCCGGAAAGAGCCGAGAGCACAGCCUGGAGGAGGGCCACGCUAACAAUGCCAUGCUCCCUCUGCUGCCCAGGGAAACCAGCAUCUCCAGCGUCAUCUGGUAAUGACACGCAGACUCAGCGUCAGCUUUGGGAAGACCAGUCGGCGUCAGACACGACCAGGUUCCAGUCCGGCAGUUCUUGGGAACACAGUCUGAGGUUGUGAUUAUGACAAAAAGUAUUUGAAUCCUUAUGGCUCCGGCAGCUAGUCAUGGAGGUACAGCAGGUUUCCGGACUUGGUUUCUCUUGUUUUUCAAUCAGACUGCACCUCUUUUACAGAGGAUGUUUUCUAUGUGGAACUACAGGGGAUAACGUGAAGACACUGUUUCAUUAACUAGCGAGAAAUGGACUCAUAAGAACUCACAUGUUAAAGAACCAACACACUAUGGCAAUUGUUCACACAAGCGCAUAUACAUACACACAAAAAUUUGCAUCCAUACAAACAAAAGGAAAACAGGGUCUGUACAUAUAUUUCAAUUUCUUUGUAGCAUCAGUGUUUUCCUGUUUUUGUUCUUUUGUUUAUUUUUAUUCAAUCAUGUUUGUUGCCUUCUCUACUGUAGGACUUUGCUUUAACUUGUCAUAAAGAGUUGUAUAUUUUUUAAUCAUUUUCUCUUUUACGUUUGUUUUUUUUUAAUUAUUAUUAUUAUUUUUAACACGCUCGAUAGGAAAGCCAAUAUGACAUGUGCGUGCGCUGUUGUGUUCCUUUGUUUGUUUGUUUAAAAAUCUUUGUGUAGUUUAAGAGAACUUUUUUUUUUUUUUCUUUUCAAAACUUUGAGAAAUGCCUGGACAUUUCAGGAGCUUUGAGGAGCUAAAAGUUGUUUUCGUUGACCUGUAAAAGGUGUAUCUAGUUUAAAAGGAAACUCUUUUAAAAAAAAAAAUAAAUAAUAGAAUAUGCAAAAAGAAGGAGAAGCCGGCAAAAAUAUACCGUCUUGUGGGACUGAAAAGGAGGAGCGGUUGGGGAGCGGCGCUCAUCCUCUCCAAUCAGAUAGACUGGCAGAUCUCUCUCUAAAGCUUCAUAUUUUCUAUUGAGACGAACAGCCUUGCUGUUUUAGAGUGAUAGUGAAAUGCCUCACCUUAAAAAGAAAUCUGUAGAUUAUUUUAAAAAGAAUUCUAUUUUUAUAACUGAAAAGAGUUUGCUUGAGAAGUCAUACUUAUUUGCAUUUCAUCUUCCAUAGAAAGAGGAUUUGUGUAUAAGUGUUAUGCUGGUUUUGUACCCUUCGGUGUGGUUCCUGGUUUGUUAAGAGAUUAAGGCGGCUUUUGAAUCCCACAUGACAGAAUACAGUAUGUCCUCUGCUCUUCUAAAUUCAAAGGUAAAGCAUUUUCAGUGUUUGGGUUUUUAUAUAAAAAAAUAAUAAUAAUAUUAUUCCCAUCCUGAUAAUUCAUUUGAUUCAUAUGGAUAGUUCAUGUUUAAGGAAAGAAAAGAAUUCCUUUUGUGUUUUGAAAGACUUUUUACAUAUAUUUGAAGGUGUGAUUUUUGAGUAUG